GUACUUCUGUUCAAGUUUAUAUCCCACAAUUCCUUUCUGUGUCUUCCUCUUUCCCUACUGCAGCAAUGUCCAAGAGAGGACGUGGUGGUUCAUCUGGAGCCAAGUUCCGCAUCUCGCUGGGUCUCCCAGUGGGAGCGGUCAUCAACUGCGCUGACAACACAGGUGCCAAGAACCUUUACAUCAUCUCUGUGAAGGGCAUCAAGGGCCGUCUGAACCGUCUGCCUUCUGCUGGAGUGGGUGACAUGGUCAUGGCCACAGUCAAGAAAGGCAAGCCAGAGCUCAGGAAGAAGGUGCAUCCUGCAGUGGUGAUACGGCAGCGGAAGUCGUAUCGGCGAAAAGACGGUGUGUUUCUCUACUUUGAAGACAAUGCAGGAGUCAUAGUAAACAACAAAGGAGAGAUGAAAGGUUCAGCCAUCACAGGUCCAGUGGCAAAAGAGUGCGCUGACCUUUGGCCCAGGAUUGCCUCAAACGCUGGCAGCAUAGCUUGAGCUGGACCCUGCACCUGUUUUCAAUAAAAACUGUUGGUAAUCAAA